AUCGACGAUGCUAGUGCUCAGCCUGCGCUGCGCUCUGCACUUGAGAGGCAGUCUUUGUCGGUCGGCCACAGCACUCUUCAGGGUCUACUCGUCCUUCGGAGCGAUGGCAACCUCGGUGAAACUCAACACCGGCACAGAAAUGCCCAUUGUGGGUCUGGGAACAUGGAAGUCUCCUCCCGGUAAGGUGGCCGAGGCGGUGAAAGCGGCCAUUGCAGCGGGCUACAGGCACAUCGAUGGGGCGUUUGUCUACCAGAACGAGACCGAGGUGGGUGAGGGCAUCCAGGCCAUGGUCAAGGACGGAGUGGUCAAGAGAGAGGAUCUUUUCAUUGUCAGCAAGCUGUGGUGCACUUUCCACCAGAAAUCCACGGUGAGGGGAGCCUGCGAGAAGACUCUAAGUGAUCUGAAACUGGACUACCUGGAUCUCUACCUGGUGCACUGGCCAAUGGGUUUCAAGGCUGGCGAUGAGCUCUUUCCUCUGGACAGCGCAGGAGACACAAUCUCUGAUAACACUCACUUCCUGGAGACAUGGGAGGGGAUGGAGGAGCUGGUUGAUGCUGGCUUGGUCAAAGCUAUUGGUAUUUCCAACUUCAACAAGGACCAGAUUGAAGCCAUCCUCAACAAGCCAGGCCUCAAAUACAAGCCUGCCAACAACCAGGUGGAGUGCCACCCAUAUCUGACCCAGGACAAGCUGAUCAACUACUGCCACUCUCAGGGCAUCUCGGUGACAGCCUACAGCCCCCUGGGCUCUCCGGACAGACCCUGGGCUAAACCCGAGGACCCCUCGCUCCUGGAAGACCCCAACAUUAAGGCCAUCGCUGAGAAGCACAAGAAGACGUCUGCCCAGGUCCUGAUCCGCUUCCACAUCCAGAGGAAUGUGAUUGCUAUUCCCAAGUCCAUCACACCUCAACGCAUUCAGGAGAACUUCCAGGUGUUUGACUUUGAGCUAACAGAGGAUGAAAUGAAAGCCAUAUUGGGGUUCAACAGGAAUUGGAGGGUCUGCCCCAUGCAGGGGGCCAAGAAGCACAAGGACUAUCCUUUCAACGCUGAAUUCUAAAAUGGCAAAGACAGGUUAUGAGAUUACCGUACUGGAGUGAUCUUAAAAUAUCUGUCUUUCUAUCUUGUAGCUUUCUCCUUUUCCUGCCCUUUGGAGCAGUUUGCACAUUUACAGCUAAAGCACUCCAAAUUGUGGCCUCGUACCUCGCGCUGUUACAUCUCUCAGAGGAAGUUCUGCCUUUUUUUGCUUCUUGUAUUGACUCCAUUCAUUUUUACGCACACUCCUACUAGAGUUACUUCUUUGAACAAAAGCCUGUUGUUGUACCCAGUUUACAACGUUCAAGUUCAGUUGAUACAACAUAGUAUCAUAGAGUCAUAUGUCUGAGCUUGCACAAUGGAGGUUCUGUGUGUUUUCCUCAUGUGAACGUCUCUUGUUCUGUGUCUGUGUAAACGUGAGUCUCUUCUGGUCUGUCAUGAUGAUUUUGCAUAGAUGAGCAAUUGUUUCCACGCUAGCAAAUGAACAUGCUUUCCCAUGAUGUUUUAGGGUGAAGGGGUAAGUUCUGUUGCCAGGGUUUGCUGUUAAGUUUUUGGUUCUUGGGGUUACUUGAGCACCAUGGCAUGAGGCGUACAUGGUUACAAAUUCAUUAUUUUCCAAAGAAAUUUAUCAUUUAAAUACAAAAAAUAAAAUGAGCAACCGGAAAGGAACAAAUGAUGUGUUUUAUUGUGUCUGUCAUGCCGUGUUUGAGGGAAGAAAAACAACUUGACAUUGUUGCAGCCAAUCCAAGAGAUAACAUUUUAUUUUAGACGGUCAAAGUUCUCUGUACUGUAAAUUUGAUUGUAGGGCUGGAUGAUAUGGAUAGAAUGAAAUGAGACAAUGUUUUUGACUGAAUACCUCAAUAUCGAUAAUGUGAUGAUAGUGUGGGAGUGACUGUUGGUGCUUUCACAAAAUAUUUUUGCUAAACAAUGGAUGUGAUGACCAAACAGGUAGAGAGAAAUAACAGAUAACAGAUAAGUCUAAUAAGUUCACAAAAUUGCAUCCUUUAAUUGUUAUGAAUUCUUUAAAACUAGGAUAUGACACACACAUGCUGUAUCGCGAUAUGACAUUGUGCAAAAUCCCAUGAUAUCUAGUCUCAUAAUAUCAAUGUAAUAUUGAUAUAUUGCCCAGCCCAUAUGACUGCAUCAGUAAAACACAAAAGAAAGCAAACAUCCAGGCACUGUUUUGUCUUUGAGGACUGAACAUCUUCAUGGGUACAAACCUGCUGUAGGAUGACAAAGCACUUCCCCCGUAUUGAUUAUGAUUCAUACAUGGCCCACUGUCAUCAUGUGUGCUCACUGUUGUGAAAUGGGUGCUUUCGGUUCCUUUGUGAGCUCUGAUUUUUUUUUUUUUUUUUUUUUUUCCGCUUUAACUGUUUGGUGUCUGAGUUUUAUGUGAAAACACCUUGGAGUGCCUAUUCUCCUGCUUUAUUUGGUUGUGAGAAGAGUCACCAUUUGGAAUAAUGCAUAAUGAUGUGCAAAAAUGAAUACAAUAGCUAUACUGGACUGGAUUUAGACAUGGCCACAAAAAAAAGAAAAAAAAAAAAAAAAUUCCAAACAUAAAGAUUAGAUUUGAAAUGUCUCAUGAAUAAAUGAAAUAUCUCAUAUCCAACCAGCUAACCAGUAUUGAUCUAUUGAGAUAUUUACUGAUGUUAAAAAAUAGGUGAAAUUGUUCGAAAUCAACUGCAUUAAAAUAAAUGGGUCACAUGAGAUGAUUCAUAUUAGGCUCCUCAACUUUUAAAUGUCAUAAAAAGCAGAAACAAAAUA